CAACUAAAGUAGAGUAAAGUAAUUAAACGGCGACAAAAGCAAAGCCGAUUUUUUCCUCCUCUUUUCUUUAUAAAGUCCUGUUCAUGCACUAACCAGAAACCCCAUCGAUCUUUGAGACAUUGAAAAAUAUACUUCAAAUUUACUUCAAAAGAAAAACUCAAGAAGUUUUUUAGAAACAGAGCACAGAUAUUUCUCUAUCAACCAAACAAAAAUCUACAAAGACUAGAAGCUCCCUAAAAAGAAGAAAGAGAGAAGAAUCUCUGAGGAUCAAAACACAAUGUGUCUGGUGUGUUUAUGCGAUGAAGAAGAGACAGAGUUAGGGAGACAACAAGCACCUGGAUCGUGUCCGUAUUGUGGAGGUAAAGUGCAGAUGCUUGAUGUCGAAAGAAAAUGGAUGUUUUGUUUCGUUCCUCUUUGUUUCAAGAUCAAGAGGAAGUAUCUUUGUUCUUCUUGCGAUCGUCGUCUCGUUUUGUAUCAUUAAAAUAAAAUAUAUUAUUGAUUGUGUUUAAUGAUAAUUAAAGUCCAUUAAUUAGCGUUUUAAUCAAGGAAAUAUUCUUUUUUU